AUGGAAUCCUGCCCGCUGCCCACCCACACUACUGGCAAGAAACAGCUUGAAAGUCGCUUGGUCCUGUGGCUGAAGCUGAUGGGGGUGGAGGGAAAGUCCUGGGAAGUUCAUGUGCACCAGCAGCUCAUGCAGGAGCUGUCCACCCUGGCAAAAGCUGCCUGCCGUUUGAUAGAGUCUCCCUUAAAAAAAUGUUCACUGAAAAAAUGUAACACAUUGCUUUCUCUCCACAGAUUCUUUUUAAAAUUUUUCCUCAAGUGCAAUCAGAAUUGUUUGAAAACAGCAGGAAACCCUAGGGACAUGAGACGGUUUCAGGUUGUAUUGUCAACCACGGUGAAUGUGGACGGACAUGUGCUGGCUGUUUCCGACAACAUGUUUGUUCAUAAUAACUCCAAGCAUGGAAGGAGGGCGAGAAGGCUCGACCCGUCGGAAGCUACCCCCUGCAUCAAAGCCAUCAGUCCAAGUGAAGGUUGGACCACAGGUGGAGCCAUGGUCAUCAUCAUUGGUGACAACUUCUUUGAUGGACUCCAAGUGGUGUUUGGCACCAUGCUUGUGUGGAGUGAGCUUAUAACCCCUCAUGCCAUCAGAGUGCAGACGCCUCCCCGGCAUAUCCCUGGAGUCGUGGAAGUGACAUUAUCUUACAAAUCCAAACAGUUCUGCAAAGGAGCCCCUGGAAGGUUCAUUUACACAGCGUUAAAUGAACCCACCAUAGACUAUGGCUUCCAGAGACUUCAGAAAGUCAUCCCAAGACAUCCUGGAGACCCUGAGAGAUUAGCUAAGGAAAUGCUGUUGAAAAGAGCUGCUGACCUGGUGGAGGCUCUCUAUGGCACACCCCACAAUAACCAGGACAUCAUUUUGAAGCGAGCUGCAGACAUUGCUGAAGCCCUAUACAGUGUCCCCAGGAAUCCCAGCCAGAUUCCAGCUCUCUCCAGCUCCCCAGCUCAUGGCGGCAUGAUGGGUAUCAAUUCUUACGGCAGCCAGCUUGGGGUCAGCAUCUCAGAGUCAACACAAGGAAAUAAUCAAGGAUACAUUCGCAACACAAGCAGCAUUUCCCCACGGGGGUACUCCUCCAGCUCCACUCCGCAGCAGUCUAACUACAGCACUUCCAGCAACAGCAUGAACGGCUACAGCAAUGUCCCCAUGGCCAACCUGGGCGUGCCAGGAUCACCGGGAUUUCUGAACGGCUCACCCACGGGCUCCCCAUAUGGAAUAAUGUCAUCGAGUCCCACCGUUGGCUCUUCCAGCACCUCCUCCAUCCUCCCAUUUUCCUCUUCAGUUUUUCCUGCUGUCAAACAGAAGAGUGCCUUUGCCCCUGUCAUCAGGCCCCAAGGCUCCCCUUCGCCUGCCUGCUCCAGUGGCAAUGGAAAUGGAUUCAGAGCCAUGACGGGACUUGUCGUACCCCCGAUGUAGAAUGGAGGAAGAACUGCUUUCUCAUGCACAAAACUACUUAUUCUGAUGGACCAAUAAUGAGGAAAGCACUCUGCUCUCUUUGGGGAGAAUUGCUCCCCCAAGUGGACAUGAUGGACAGUUUUGGGAAGGCAAAGAGCCGCCAUCUUAUUUGGUCUCACCUGUCACCUGUAGCUUUGAGAGUAGCUACACAGACUGACCCUCUUGGGGACAAGGACAAAAGAUGUCAUUGACAUGGUCAUUGCUAAGAGCAGAAAUGCAAUUCUUUGUUAUGAACAUCACAAAAACCACCUUCCUAUGUUUGUAAAAUAUUUAAGAAAAAAUUGGCAAACAAUUCAUGCUUAAUAUUUUGGAUACUAUUUGUUUUUCUUUGUAGGAAAAAAAAGUUGAAAGUUUCUAUUUUCUAUGAAGCCUUUCAGAUACCAAUUUAGUUUAUGCAGAAAAAAAAAUUGAACAAAACAGGGUACCAGCAUGGAAGACUUUCUUAAAAUGAAACCUGAAUUGAAUGAUGAAAUGUUGUAUGUGUGUUUACUUAUAGUUUAAUCUCUUAAAAAAAACAAACAAAAAGGGAAAAAAUUUAAAAUGUUUUACAAUUAUUUAAAUAAAUAAAUGUGUAACUUAUUGUAAGUAGAGGUAGCAAUUUAGACCUUUUUUUGGAAGAGAGAGAAAUUUCUCUUCCUGAUGUAAAAUGAAAAUGAUGCAGACAUGUAGUAACAAGUUUUAAAGGUGUGUGAUUAUUACUACGGUUGCUUAUUAGACUCUUAACUCCCAUCCUGCAUCCCCCUCUUUUUCCAUCAUUUUAUUGACCCACAAGC